AUGGCCAAUCCUUCGACCCCUUUGGUGGGGCAGCAUCGCAACAGUACCUGCAGAUCCCGCCAUUAUGGACACAGAGUCAUGAUAUUCGCUAGUUCGACUUUGUUGCUGCUUGUGCUUUGGUUUGUGUGGGCCGGGUGCCGACUACAAGAUGUCGUUGCUUUGGCUGGUAACAGCUCUUGGACCACCUCAACUUGCUCGCCAAGUAUCUCUUCUAUCAUCAUGAGGCUGUGGUUCGCUGCUAAAGUUGUUUGGACCCCACUAGCAGGAUCACGACACUCAUCAGCCGGGACUACUGCACGAUUGCCGUCAUAUCCUCUGGCGGUAAAAAGUCCAUAUCUAUCCACUUGGGUCCCCGGAAGCCAGCUUUCCGACAUUGCAACAGCUCGAUCACAGUUCUGGACUGGAGAAGAGUUGACAUGGCCUACUCUUGCCCGGGUCGAUGGGACCACAUACGUCCUGUUUGGCUCUACGGACGACCUGCCGAGCAGCAUCGAGGCAGCGACGACUGUCAAUGUUAGCUACACGGCUACGCAUACAUACCUCUCCGUCUGUGCAGGCGAUGUGGACUUUGUCCUGGACUUCUUCAGCCCAGUCUAUCCCAAGGCUGAAGAUUUUGCGCUACACGCACUGCCAUACUCGUACGUGACUGUCAACGCUACAAGUAAUGGGUAUGCGCCAUCGAAUGUGCAGAUUCUCAAUGCGAUCGACCAGACAUGGACGGGCCAGGGUGGCGCGGCGAGUAUCAACUACACUGCUCUUGAUAACACUGGCUUCUUCUGGUAUCACAACAACAACGAGAUCCCCUUCGUUGAAGAUAGCGACAGGGCAACGUGGGGCUCCACAAUUCUUGCGACAACUCUUACUUCGAAUAGCUCAUCUUACGCACGUGGGCCAGCGAGCAACUUAUACUCUGUUUUUGCUGCCACUGGUACGCUCAGCAGCUUAAACAGCAGCACUACAUCUGGAGACGAUUUGACAGCCUUUGUGCAUGAUCUCAGCGCUAGUAGUAGCAGUAGCGUCACUUUCGCAGUAGGUCUGGAUCGUGUCGAGGCUGUCAGCUACCUGGGUGAUGCUCAGACUGGCUAUCACCGUACUGUCUGGCCAGAAGUCCCGGAUGCCGUGGACUUCUUCCUGUCCAACUACGAUGAUGCAUUGGCGUAUUCGCUUAUCCUAGGCUCUAUCGUUCGACACAAGACCGAGUCGGUUUCCGAUGUUUGGGGAAGUCAGUACGCCGAUAUCUGCGAGGCGAGCUUUCGGCAAGCCAUUGCUCCUAUCGAGUUGACGGUACCCCUUGACGACCUCAGUGCCUCGCCGUCGGCAUUUUUGAAGGAGAUCUCUAGCAAUGGCAAUAUGGAGACCGUCGACCUCAUCUUUCAGUCGUGGCCAGUCUUUAUCCACUUGAAUUAUGACUGGAUCAUCCUGCAGUUCAAGCCGACCUUGGAAUAUCUAGCCGCCGGCAGAUGGCCUCGCGAGUGGGUCAUCCACGAUCUUGGUCUUCACUAUCCUAAUGCUACUGGGCAUGAUGACGGCGAGGCAGAGCAGAUGCCCCUGUUCGAGACAUCAACACUAUUCAUCUUGAUGUAUGCUUACCAGGAGCUCUCUGGCGACAGCUCGUAUACUGAAAAGUAUAGCGGUCUGCUUGAGGGCUGGGCGCAGUAUCUUGUCGCAAAUGGCCUUUACCCAGCCAGUCAGCUCAUCAGCGUCGAUGCUAUUGCCGGAACGCCUAACCAAACCGCACUCGCCAUGCAAUCUGCCAUCGGUUUGAAUGCGGCCAGUAAGCUUCUAGACAAUUCAACCUACUCCGACGUUGCAGCUCAAUUUGCCAAGACGAUCUAUACAGACGGUCUAGGCCUCAACAGCGACAGCACCCACUUCACCUACAACUACGGCAACGAUGACUCCUGGAACGUCAUCUUCGCCGCCUUCUCUGACGUUUUCCUCAACCUCAGCACUUUCCCACAAGAAGCCUGGGACAUGCAAUCAUCCUGGUACCUCUUGCAGAUUCAAGAAGCUGGGCUUCCAUGGGCUGGCCCGGUAUCCGACAAAGGCGUCGACUGGGCAAUUACUGACUGGAAUAUUGAAUUUGCUGCUGUCGGUUCAGAAGAGCUGCAGGCAGCGAUUGUGAACACGACACAUAGCUUCUUGACGAACGGGAAGAACGAUAUCCCGUUCGGCACGAAAUACUAUACCGAGGGCAGUAAUGCUGGAGUGUGGAUCGGGAACAAAGCGAGGAGUUCGGUGGGGACGCAUUUUGCUAUUAGUGCGUUGAAGCAGGGGCUUUGGACGGAGGUAAAGCCUUCGGGGUUCAACGGGAGUGUGGUGGCUGAGAAGCAGAAGCGAAAGAGGGAGCCUUAG